CAACAUCGCGUCGAUGGCGUGGGGCGCCCGACAUUUGAUUUCCACACAGUGCGGCGCCAGACCCUGCUGGACCUGCCGUACUAAUCUAGCGAAGGGCAGUUUCCGCAGCAGCAAAUCGGUAGAGCGCUGGUACUUGCGGAUCUCCUUGAGCGCCGCCUCUCCCGGUCGCAGCCGCUGCUUCCGCUUCGUCGGCGUCUUUUUUUUUGCUGGCGUGCCAGCGCCGGUCUCGCCGCCGAUGCGGGGCGUGGUCUUGGAGCGGGCCAUGCCGCGGCGGUGGCGUUGCGCGCGCUGCGGCGGUGGCGUUACGCCCGGAGCGCGCGCGUUUGCUUCGGAGAGCUUGGCGCCUCCUGAGAGCGCUGUGGCCUCUGCCUCUGCGUCGCGUUCUUUCGCUGCGGCGCCAGCGAGGACGCCUCGGCGGGCACUUUCUGCGAUGAACGACUGCGUCUCACGCCCUGCGGGCUUGCGUUUUGCGGCAGCGCGCGCCCGAGUCCCA